AUGCACUGUUGGUGGUGUUCUUGCUUGCGGGUACAACCUGGAUUAUAUAAGGGUGUAUUUGACGGUUGGAAGACCAUUACUAAGGCAGAAGGUUUCCGUGGCGUAUUUACCGGUAUUGGACCUACUGCUAUUGGCUACUCUCUUCAAGGAGCAGGAAAAUACGGUCUCUACGAGGUCUUCAAGUACAAAUAUGCCAACUUGGUAGGUGAGGAUGUAGCACACAACCACCGUACCAUUCUUUAUCUUGGUGCAUCUGCCUCCGCCGAACUGUUUGCUGAUGUAUUGCUCUGCCCUAUGGAAGCUCUCAAAGUAAGAAUGCAGACUUCUAUUCCUCCCUUUGCAAAGACAACUGGCGAAGGUUUUAAGAAGAUUAUGGCAACGGAAGGCAUCAACGGUUUUUAUAAGGGUUUAGUACCUCUUUGGUGUCGUCAGGUCCCAUACACCAUGGUAAAGUUUGCGUCAUUUGAAAAGACAGUCGAGAUACUUUACAAGACAUUUAUGCCUAAACCUAAAAGUGAGUACAACAAGGUCCAACAGUUGGGUGUUAGUUUUGCUGGUGGUUAUAUUGCUGGUGUGUUCUGUGCCGUUGUAUCACAUCCUGCUGAUGUUCUGGUGUCUAAAUUAAACAACCAAAAGAAGGCUGUUGCUGGUGAACAUCAAGCUUCCGCCAUGGAAGUUAUCAAAAAGUUGGGUUUGCGUGGUCUUUGGACUGGUUUAGGUCCUCGUAUUUUCAUGAUUGGUACUUUGACUGCACUCCAAUGGUUGGUUUAUGAUUCAUUCAAGGUAGCAGUUGGUCUUCCUACCAGCGGUGCUGCUGACCCAGCCCCUGCUGAAGAGAAAGUUAAGAUCGAAUAA